UCUGUACUCCGAUGAACAACACCACUGACCCAAAAGGGCGUCAGUUGAGUCAAGGCUUGUUUAUGUGAAGAUUUGCCCAGCAACUACCAGAGGAGGAGCGAAACGGAGAGGCUCCUGUUCACUUCCUGAUUCUAGUGGGUUGAGACUCAAAGUGCGCAGAAAGGAGCAACAUGUCCGCGGUGCAGCUGCUGCGGGUGUCGGUACAUGAGCGGAUCAGCGCUGCCUCUGAAGACUUCCUGCUGCAGGUGGAGAAAGGAGGAGGAAAGGUUCAAGUCCCGGCGCUGAGAGCGCUGCUCACCGAGCGGCUCACAGCGGCGGGGGAGGAGAUCCUCGCGGGGCUUGAGGAAACCUUGGCGGAGUAUGAAGACAGAGUGGAGCGGUCGGAGCGGGAGACCUGCCGCCAGAGGGCGCUGCUCGCUGUCGUGAUGCAGCCCGUGGUCCGGCUGCACAGAGCAGUGUAUCCUGCAGCUGUCCAGCAACUGAUGGUGUAUAAAGAAGAGGUUCCCCCUGAGCAGCAGCGGUGGAGCCCCCUUGUGGACCAGGAGGACCCAGAGCCCCCCCACAUUAAAGAGGAACAGGAGGAACCGUGGACCAAUCAGGAUGGACAGCAGCUUCUAGGGCUGGAGGAGGCUGAUAUCAAGUUCACAUUGACUCCUGUCGAUGUGAAGAGUGAAGAAAAUGAAGAGAAACUUAAAUCGUCAAAGCUUCAUCCGAGUGAGACGAAGGAGAACAGAGCGGACUAUGGAGGACCAGAACCAUCCAGCAACUCAGGUCCUGAUGGACAUUUACAACCAGGUCCUGAGGACAAGCCUGAAGACUCUUCUGACACUGAACACAGUGAGGAUGAUUGGAUGGAGACCAGGGAACCUCCGACUGGUUUAAAUACAAGAAAUAACAAACAGCCUCUAAGGGAUAUGGGUUGUAGGACAGAAAAAAAAUCGUUUAGUUGCUCUGAGUGUGGUAAAAGAUUUAACCUAAGGGGCAAUCUAAAAAGACAUAUGAUGAUUCAUACAGGAGAGAAACCGUUUAGUUGCUCUGAGUGUGGUAAAAGAUUUAACAAAAAGUGGACUCUAAAUUCACACAUGAGGCGUCAUACAGGAGAGAAACCGUUUAGUUGCUCUGAGUGUGGUAAACGAUUUAACCACAGGGGCAAUCUAAAUUCACACAUGAGGAGUCAUACAGGAGAGAAACCGUUUAGUUGCUCUGAGUGUGGUAAAAGAUUGAGCAGUAAGUCCGAUUUAAAGAGACAUAUGACGCGUCAUACAGGAGAGAAACCAUUUAGUUGCUCUGAGUGUGGUAAAGGAUUUAGCCACAGGGGCCAUCUAAAUACACAUAUGAGGAGUCAUACAGGAGAGAAACCGUUUAGUUGCUCUGAGUGUGGUAAAAGGUUUAACCUAAAGUGCAAUGUAAAUAAACAUAUGAUGAGUCAUACAGGAGAGAAACCGUUUAGUUGCUCUGAGUGUGUUAAAAGAUUUAGCCAUAGGGGCAAUCUAAAUGCACAUAUGAGGAGUCAUACAGGAGAGAAACCGUUUGGUUGCUCUGAGUGUGGUAAAAGAUUUAUCCAAAGGAGCAAUCUAAAUACACAUAUGAGGAGUCAUACAGGAGAGAAACCGUUUGGUUGCUCUGAGUGUGGUAAAAGAUUUAACCGAAGGGGCCAUCUAAAUACACAUAUGACGAGUCAUACAGGAGAGAAACCGUUUAGUUGAUCUUAGUGUGGUAAAAUAUUUAAGAGUCCUAUAAAUUGUAAUUUUUGUAAUUGUAAACCAUUGUUUAAUUGUUUUUGUUUUCAUCUCAAUUUGAAGUUGAUCUGAUGUGACCACUGGUACAAGUACCUGAAAGUAAAAAUGUGGAAUAUGGCCAAAAUGUCCACUAAAUGCAAAAUGGCGGGCUAACUGUUGUGUUUUUCCUAAUGCCCCUUAAGACCUUUUUGUUUUUCUGGUCAUUAUAGAUCGGUCAAUGUGAAUGCGUUCCAGUGUCAUUGUAUUUGAUUUUUUGUUCACAAAAGUUUGAAAUAAGUAUUUACUUGGUGCCGUCUAGUGUGUUUUGUUAGGCACAGCUUCAAGAAGAGAAAAGCUCAGCAGUGUUCCUUUUCCAGUGCCAUCUUGUUGAUGAAACAAUAUGUUCCCUCAAUUUGUAGUUGCAAACUCUAGGAGAAUGAUAAUAAUGAUGAAAUAUCUUAUUUUCAAGACAUCUAUGAAAAGAAACUGAGCAGUGGUGGUGUCUGUUUAACUGAGGAUUAUUUAUCAGUGGUCACAUCAGGUUUGAUUGUCUUAUUUAUUUCAAUAAUUUUUGUGAUCUAAAAAUCCAUUUCAAAAUGCAUCUUAAUAGGAGAAAUAAGUAACUGAAUGAAUUAUGAAUCACUCUCCCUUUUUGCUAUUUGCUAUUCAACCUGCUGAGUCAUUUAGCUUCUCCAUUCAACCUCUCAAUUCUGUGACACUUUGGGACUUGUUUAAUAUAGUAUCAUACAAAUUAAACAAACUCACUCAACCAGUCCAAUUAAAAUCCAACUGGACUUCAUAUAAAAACACAUUUCAGCUCUUUACUUAAAUUUGAAACGUUAUCUUGAGUACCAAUUUAGCAUUUUUUGUGUGACGCAAGUACCAACAUAUUGUUUUCCUUCUUAAGACAUAACUCUGAACCUAUGAGAAAACAAAACUGAGACUCCACUUGUUCCUGGAGGAUUUUCAGUGACAGAUACUGUAACAAUCUGUUCUGUAUGUUUCUGUUUGUAUUCACUUCCUGUUUUAUUUUGUUGUCCGGGUUCUUGUGUCUAGCUCUACUUCCUGUUGGUUUCCCCACACACCUGUACCUUGUUUGACAUUAAGCACUCCCUAUUUAUACCCUGUGUUUCCCCUCACCCUCUGCCAGAUUGUCAUUGUCGUGUGUUCAUGCUCUCCAGCAAUUUCUUCUGUGUGUUUGACUACCUGGAUUUUACGACUUUGGAUUUUGUGCCUUAUCCAUGAAUGGACUGUUAAAGUAACGUUUUAUUUUUAUACUUUA